GAAGGAGGUGAAGUGCGGGGCGGCUGUCUGGGCUCUGUAAUAAUAAUAAGAUGGAGAGGGAAGAGUCCGGGUCCUCCAGCCCCUGGAACGGGGAAGCCGGGGAGAAGGUGCAGGAGGAACUGGAGAGUCUGUGUGCGGAGCUGAACCUGGAAGAGGAGACGGCAACCAGGACUCUGAGCAACUUCACCCGGACCUGGAGCACCUACAGCCUGGAGGGUAACAUGAAACACUGGCUGGCGUGUGCGUUGUAUGCCGAGUGUCGGAAAGGCGUCAUUCCAACAGUUGGAAGAGGCAUCAUGGAGGGAAAUGGAGUGUCCCUUACCCGUAUUCUCCGCUCAGCCAAACUUAGCCUGAUCCAAUUCUUCAAUAAAAUGAAAAAGUGGAUGGACAUGUCAAACCUUCCCCAGGAAUUCAGGGAGCGGGUAGAACGGCUGGAGAGGAACUUUGAGGUAUCUACCGUGAUCUUCAAAAAGUUUGACCCGAUACUCGCAGACAUGUUUCAGAACCGUCACGAAGAGCCUCCCAGACUGCCCAGAAGCAGAAAACAAAGAAAGUUACAGUGUAACGUUAAAGAUCUCUUCAACUUCUGCUGGACUCUAUUUGUAUACGCAAAGGGAAAUUUUAGUCUGAUUGGCGAUGAUUUGGUUAACUCUUAUCACUUGCUUUUGUGCUGCCUGGAUUUGGUUUAUGCUCAUGCUUUGCAGUGUCCCCAUAAGGACGACCUUCUGAAUGCAUCCUUCACAGGUAAGCUCCCUAUUCCUGAUAUGGAUAGCAUUGAUGACGAUCCUCCCUGUAUUAUCAGCGCACUGUGUGAAUACUACGAUGGGCUAGCAGUUGAAGCCAAAGGGAUAAAAGAGCAUUACUUCAAGCCUUACAUCUCAAAACUCUAUGACAGAAAGAUUCUUAAAGGAGAGUGCUUGCUGGACCUCUCUAGCUUCCCAGAUAAUAAUAAAGCUUUAAACAGAGAGUAUGAGGAGUAUGUCCUUACUGUGGGGGACUUCGAUGAGCGAGUGUUUUUGGGAGAUGAUGCAGAAGAAGAGAUUGGAACGCCAAGGAAGUUCAUUGCAGAUCUCCCUAUUGGCAACUGCACACCAAGGAAACAAGUGGAGUCCAACCUGCAACAGCAUUUUGAGAAGAGACGAUCCUUUGCUCCUUCCACUCCGCUGACUGGUAGAAGAUACCUGAAAGAGGAAACAGUUGUAAUCACUCCUGUAUCAUCCGCAACGCAGUGUGUGAGCAAACUGCAGAGCAUGGUGGCUGGACUCCGGAAUUCCCCCAGUGAGCAGCUGAUUAAUGUCUUUAAGGUAUGUGCUCGCAACCCCUUGGAGAACAUUCAGAAUAUUGUGAAGGACAUCGGGCAAAGGUUUUGCAACCAUUACACACAACCAACAGGAGACCAGGCUGGUUCUCAUAUGGAUUUUGCAGUUAACCGUUGGAAAUUGGCGGAAAUUUUAUUUUACAAGGUUUUGGAGUCAAUAGUUGUCCAAGAAACAAGGCGACUUCAUGGGAAAGACUUAACUGCUCUAUUGGAGCAGGACAUUUUCCACCAGUCGCUGGCAGCUUGCUGUCUGGAAAUUGUGCUUUUUGCAUACAGCUCUCCUCGUAUCUUUCCUUGGACCAUUGAGGUUCUCAAUAUAAGUCCUUUUUAUUUCUACAAGGUUAUUGAGGUGUUUAUCCGCUCAGAGGAUGGUUUGUCGAGGGAUAUGGUAAAGCACCUUAACACUAUAGAGGAGCAGAUCCUGGAGAGUCGAGCCUGGACGAGUGAUUCCGUUUUGUGGGAGUUGCUUCGGGCAGCUGAGUCUGUUCCAACCUGUGAAGAGGUUAUCAUACCUAGCAACUUUGAAACGGGCAAUGAAGCUGGUUUAGGACACCUUCCUAUGAUGCCAGCUUCCCCAAUCAUUCAUCCACGUUUAAAAGAAGUCCGCACAGAUUUUGGAGGUUCCUGUAGGCGAGAUUCACAGCCGUUGUCUCCAUUGUCCGUUCAUGAGAGGUAUAACUCUCCUGCUGCUGGGAGCGCUAAAAGGAGGCUUUUCGGAGACGACGGACCUAAAGAAUCACCGGUUGAGAGACUCCACACCACCCCAGAAAUCACUAGGAUCAAAAUUAUUCCUAGCCAGCCACCUGAGCAAAUGUGCAUGUCCCCGGACAAAACUAUUCUAUCUGGACAGAGGUUAACCGUACCUUUAGGAGGUAUUUUUAAUGAUGGCGGCCGGCCCUCCUCUCCAGAAAGGGAGCAUGGAAUUCAAAUCCCCCUUAGUGCUCAAGCUCUGAUCAGCCCAUCCACAAAACGGCAGAUCUUCCGAAACCAAGACCGGUGCCCCACAUCCGCCAGCAAGCCUAAGAGAACCGGGUCUCUUGCUCUCUUUUUCAGGAAGGUGUAUCACUUGGCAAGUGUUCGUCUGAGGGACCUGUGUCUAAAGCUCGAUCUGUCCAAUGAUCUGAGACGGAAAAUCUGGACAUUGUUUGAAUACUCCUUGGUCCACUGCACAGAGCUAAUGAAAGACCGACAUAUUGAUCAGCUGUUACUAUGUGCCGUCUACAUUAUGGCAAAGAUCUCAAAAGAGGAGCGACUGUUUCAGGACAUUAUGAAAUGUUACAGAAAUCAGCCACAAGCGCAAAGUCAUGUGUAUAGAAAUGUAUUAUUGAAGAAGGCUGCUCAAGUGGAAAAGGAUGAUGUUGGAGCCAGCCAAGAUGUGGAAAUGAUUGACUGUGAUGAUUGUGAAAACUUGAGACAUGUUGAUGAUGAUGGUACGGCCAACCAAGCAGAGCGAGGAGACCUCAUUACAUUUUAUAACAACGUCUAUGUGGAACGGGUUAAGAUGUUUGCACUUAAAUACGCAGCCAGCAACAGUGAACAUCUGGUUGCGGCUCCUCCUCUGUCGCCAUUCCCGAGCAUCAAACAACGACCUGUUUCUCCUCGCCGUGUGUCCCAACAGCACGCCAUUUAUGUGUCUCCGCACAAGAACACUGGCUGCCUGACCCCCCGCACAGCUCUGCUUUAUAAAUUUAAUGGAAGUCCAUCUAAAAGCCUUAUGGACAUAAACUGCAUGAUUAAGCAGGAACAGAGAAGCCGUAAGCGAGCAAUAACAAUCGACAGCGAUUCUGAGUCCCCAGCUAAACGCCGGUGCCAGGAAACCGACGAUGCCUUACUGAAACGCCUUCAGGAUGUUGUGAGCGAAAGAGCUAACCACUAAUGGCUAGAAGUCUGUCUGCACCUUUUUUCUGUACAUUGCACUAUGUUACAGCCAUAAAUACUACACUGGGACUUAUUUAUUUAG